UGGUUUCAUACGCCGAGUUGUCGGCUUUUUAUUUUUUACUCGCAGUGAUACCGUUGGCGAAGAAAAGUAGAAAACUAUGGAGACGAUCGGAGCAAUUCUAUAGCCCGGUCUCAGAGGAAGAAGCAAGAAAUUUCUCUACCGUGAUGAUAAAGCAGCCUUUUCUUCUGCAGUCACAUACAUAAAUGAACAAACAUCAUCCUACCUGAUAGAAAAUAGAAAAUAAACAUGACUAAGAAACUAACGAGUACCAAACUCCCUAUGGAACUCGACCUUGACUCCUUCCUUAAUUCUCAUUCCACCUCCGAUUCUGACACCGAUAAUACCUCCGUCCCUCACCGUACUCUCGACGAAAUUCUCAACGACUCCGAUUCCUCUUCCCCUCCUUCAUCCCCACCCUCCAUCAAACAAUCAGAUCUCCCUCCCUCCCACCUCCAACACGCCGUCUCACUAGAUUCCUCCACACAAUCACAAAUUCUCCAGGAUCAAUUAAAACCCACUUCACUUACUCGAAUUACUAAUUCACCGUGGCGCCUUCCUCCUCCGUCUUCAAGACAGUUGCCAUCGCUUUUCGGUGGAGUGAGAUCGAAUGCGAAGCCAGGGGCAGCCCUUGCAGCGGCAGCUGCUGCCUCUCGUUCUGUUCCGACACCGCAUGCCGCCGCGAUCAAGUCCAGGAGAUUGAGCAGCGGGAGCGGAACCUUCCAGACGAUUCUCGAUAUAGCAGAAUCAGCCUCCAGUGGUGGUGGCGAUCAUGAAACUGUGUCAAAUUCAUCGAACGGAGACGCAAUUGAAAGAUUCCAGUCCCAGUCAGAGGAGAAGAUGGGUGGAUUAUUUCAAUCUGCUACAGAAGAGAAUGCGAUUCCGAAUACAGAAGAGGAUUUGAAGAUUUCACGUGAAAGUGAAGGAGAGCCAGUUUUUCAAAUCGAGGGGGAAGUACGGCUAAGUGAUGAUAGUGGUCAAGAUAUGUUGCAUAAUACUGGUUCGACCUCGAAUUCUGAUGCUAACUUAAAUUUGGAUGAUGAAAAUGCAGCUUCUGUUUCUAAAGAUAAAUUUGUGGAAGUGAGUGAUUCGAGUGAAGUAGUUAUUAUUAACUUGAAUAAUGUUGAUUCCUUUAAAGACGAGGCGGUGAAAGGAGAGGGAAAUAGUUUGGAAGAAAAUAUGGACGAGGUUAAAGAUGAUGGGGUAGGUGUUUUUACUAUUGGUGAUGGUGAUGAUGCAAGUUCAAUGAGUGAUAUUUCGGAGCUUGUAGAGGAGAGAAUCGAGCAACUGGAGAGUGAGAUGAUUAGUAAAAGGGCGGAGAAGAAACGGAAGUCUAGUCUGAAGCCGCUUGAAUUGGCAGAAGAACUCGAGAAGAAAAUGGCCUAUACUGGAUUGCAUUGGGAGGAGGGUGCGGCUGCUCAGCCUAUGAGACUUGAGGGUGUUCGGAGGGGGUCAACUACUUUAGGAUAUUUUGAUGUUGAUUCUCAUAAUGUUAUUACACAAACUGUUGGUUCUCAAACAUUUAGGAGAGAUCAUGGUUCACCUCAAGUUUUGGCUGUUCAUCUUAACUACAUUGCAGUGGGAAUGUCAAAAGGUGUCAUUGUUGUUGUCCCUAGUAGAUACUCUUCUCAUAAUGAUGAUAACAUGGAUGCAAAGAUGCUAAUGCUUGGUUUGCAAGGUGAUCGAUCUCAUGCCCCAGUGACUUCCAUGUGCUUUAAUCAACAAGGAGACAUGCUCUUGGCUGGUUACGGAGAUGGUCACAUUACUGUUUGGGAUGUCCAGAGGGCAUCAGCAGCAAAAGUUAUUAAUGGGGAGCAUACUGCACCAGUUGUGCAUGCAUUCUUUCUGGGCCAGGAUUCUCAAGUUACUCGUCAGUUUAAAGCGGUUACUGGUGAUAGCAAGGGUCUGGUUCUGCUACAUGCUUUCUCAGUGGUUCCCUUGCUUAACAGGUUCUCGUUCAAAACACAGUGUCUUCUUGAUGGACAAAGAACGGGCACUGUGUUAUCAGCUUCACCCCUUCUUGAUGAAUCUUGUGGAGGUGCUUUGCCAGCCACACAGGGAAAUUCUUCAGCAUCAUCCACCAGCAUUAGUAGCAUGAUGGGUGGUGUAGUUGGGGGAGAUGCAGGUUGGAAACUAUUCAAUGAGGGCUCUUCUUUGGUUGAAGAAGGUGUGGUCAUAUUUGUCACUCAUCAAACUGCCUUGGUGGUUAGGCUCAGUCCCAGUUUACAGGUAUAUGCACAACUUUCUAGGCCAGAUGGAGUUCGAGAGGGUUCCAUGCCUUACACUGCAUGGAAAUGUACCACACAACCACAUAGUUCAUCACCUGACAAUGUUCCAGAACAUGUGGCAGAGAGAGUCUCAUUGCUCGCAAUUGCCUGGGAUCGAAAAGUGCAAGUGGCAAAAUUGGUCAAAUCUGAGUUAAAAGUUUAUGGAAAAUGGUCCCUUGACAGUGCAGCCAUAGGUGUGGCUUGGUUGGAUGAUCAUAUGCUGGUGGUUCUCACGUUAACAGGACAACUAUAUUUGUUCGCGAAGGAUGGCACUGUGAUUCACCAAACUAGUUUUGCUGUUGAUGGUCCUGGGGGAGAUGAUCUAGCUGCAUAUCAUACACACUUGAUCAAUAUCUAUGGGAACCCUGAGAAAGCUUAUCACAAUUGUAUAGGUGUAAGGGGAGCUUCUGUGUACAUACUUGGACCAACACAUCUUAUUGUUUCCCGCCUUCUCCCGUGGAAAGAGCGUAUUCAGGUUCUGCGAAGAGCAGGGGACUGGAUGGGUGCCCUGAACAUGGCAAUGACACUUUAUGAUGGCCAAGCUCAUGGUGUUGUUGACCUUCCUAAAUCAGUAGAUGCUGUAAAGGAAGCCAUAAUGCCAUAUCUGGUAGAAUUGCUUAUGUCAUAUGUAGAUGAAGUAUUUUCUUAUAUCUCAGUGGCUUUUUGCAAUCAAAUUGGAAAAGCGGAACAGCAAGAUGACUCAAAGACUGGAAGCAACUCAGUGCACUCUGAAAUAAAAGAACAGUUCACACGUGUCGGUGGUGUUGCUGUAGAAUUCUGUGUCCAUAUACAGCGGACUGACAUCCUUUUUGAUGAAAUUUUCUCUAAAUUUGUCUUUGUUCAACAUAGAGAUACAUUUUUGGAGCUUUUGGAGCCAUAUAUAUUGAGGGAUAUGCUGGGGUCUCUACCCCCUGAGAUUAUGCAAGCCCUAGUAGAGCAUUACAGUAGCAAAGGGUGGUUGCAGCGAGUUGAGCAAUGUGUCCUUCACAUGGACAUUUCCUCCUUGGAUUUUAAUCAGGUUGUCAGGCUAUGCCGGGAGCAUGGGUUAUAUGGUGCCUUGGUGUAUCUUUUCAAUAAAGGAUUGGAUGAUUUCAGGACACCUUUAGAGGAGCUAUUGGUUGUUUCAAGAACUAGUCAACAAGAGACUGCUGCUGCCCUUGGGUACAGGAUGCUUGUUUAUCUGAAGUACUGCUUUUUAGGUCUUGCCUUUCCACCAGGACAUGGGGCUCUUCCUGUCACACGUCUGUCAUCUCUUAGGACCGAACUUGUGCAGUUUUUGCUGGAGAGUUCCGAUGCCUCUAAUCCACAGGCAGUGUCAAGAGGAACAUACCUGAACUUGUAUCAUCUCUUGCAGUUAGAUACUGAAGCAACUUUAGAUGUUUUGAGGUGUGCUUUUUUAGAUGGUGAAAAUCUGAAACGUGAGUUAUCUAUGCAAGAUGGUGCUGACACAAGUAUGGAGGCUGAGCAAGAAAACAAUAUUAUGGCUGAAAGUCAGAAUUUAUGGAUUCAGAAUACUAUAAAUGCUCUUGUUCAAAUUACCGAAAAACAUAUAUCCCGAGCAGAUGAGUCUGCUGUUGAUAAUGUUGAUACUCGAUUUGUGGAUGCAUGGCCCUCAAAGAAAGACUUAGGAAAUCUGUUUGAAUUCAUUGCAUACCAUGUUGCAUGUAGGAAAGCUCAUGUUUCAAAAGUUGUGCUGGGUCAAAUUUUGGAGUACUUGACAUCAGAAAGUACUGUCCCACCAAGUGUUCCUGCACACAUCAUUGAAACCUCAAAGGAGAGAGAGAAACAGGUGCUUGCACUUCUGGAAGUGGUGCCUGAGACUGAUUGGAAUGAGUCUUAUGUGUUACAGCUAUGUGAGAAAGCACACUUUCACCAGGUUUGUGGCUUAAUUCAUACCAUCAGGCAUCAGUAUCUUGCUGCCUUGGAUAGCUAUAUGAAAGACAUAGAUGAACCCAUUCAUACUUUUGCGUACAUUAACAAUAUGUUAGAAAAGCUGAGUGACAAUGAUAGUGGUGCUUUUCGAUCAGCUGUGAUUUCUAGGAUUCCUGAGUUGCUUGUCUUAAGCAGAGAGGGAACAUUCUUCUUGGUCACUGACCAUUUUCGUGCUGACAGUCCACAUAUCCUCUCUGAAUUACGCUCUCAUCCACAGAGUCUUUUUCUGUAUUUAAAGACUGUCAUCGAGGUUCAUUUGUCUGGAACCUUAGACUUUUCUAAUUUAAAAAAAGCUGAUGAUAUAGAUGUUGCUGAUGGAAGAAGGGUGAAAGAUCAGUCAAAAGGACUCACAGCUUAUCUGGAAAGGAUCUCUGAUUUUCCUAAGUUCAUGCGGAAUAAUCCUGUUCAUGUGAAUGAUGAUAUGAUUGAGCUUUAUUUUGAGCUAUUAUGUCAGUUUGAGCGCAAUUCAGUUCUCAGAUUCUUAGGGACUUUUGAUAGCUAUCGGGUGGAACAUUGUUUACGCAAGUGCCAGGAAUAUGGGAUAAUAGAUGCUGCUGCCUUUUUGUUGGAAAGGGUUGGUGAUGCUGGAAGUGCUCUUUUACUCACACUUUCUGGUCUCAAUGAAAAUUUUUCAGAGCUAGAGUCAGCUGUGGAAAGUGUGGUUUCAGAUAUGAGUGUUUCUGCGAGUAGUGAUCAUUACAGCACCGUUUUAAAAAUGAAAGAGGUGGACAACAUACGCAGUAUAUUAAAUGCCUGUAUUGGAUUAUGCCAGCGGAACACCCCUCGUUUACAACCUGAGGAAUCUGAGAUGCUCUGGUUCAGAUUACUUGACUCGUUCUGUAUGCCUUUGAUGGAUUCCUAUUCUGAUAGAAGGGCAUCAAAAACAAAGAAUUACGGUGGAGUGCAAGGUGAAGUUCUGGGCUCCCAAGAGGAUGAUGGGGCAUGGGUAAUCAAGUGGAAAAUCUCCAGAUCUUGCAAAGGUGCUCACUUCUUGAGGAAAUUGUUUUCUAUGUUCAUCAAAGAGAUUGUCGAGGGGAUGAUUGGAUACAUUCGCCUUCCAACUAUCAUGUCAAAACUCCUCUCUGAUAAUGGUAGCCAGGAAUUUGGUGAUUUCAAAAUUACAAUUCUGGGGAUGCUUGGAACAUAUGGCUUUGAAAGAAGAAUUCUGGAUACUGCCAAAUCCUUGAUAGAGGAUGACACAUUUUACACCAUGAGCUUGCUAAAGAAGGGGGCGUCUCAUGGCUAUGCUCCCCGAAGUACUGUAUGUUGUAUAUGCAACUGCCCACUUGCAAAGAAUUCCAGUUUCCGUAUUCGAGUUUUCAGUUGUGGUCAUGCAACUCAUCUUGAUUGCGAACUUGAAAAUGAGUUAUCAAGUAGGGGCCACUUAUCCGGAUGUCCUGUUUGCAUGCCUAAGAAGAAUACUCAGAGGGGGGCUAGAAACAAAUCAGCACUUCCUGAGAAUGGUUUAGUGAAUAAGGUUUCCGCGAGACCACGGAGAGCACAUGGAACUAGCAUUUUACACCCACAUGAAGAUUUGUUAGAGAAUUCCUAUGGGCUUCAGCAAAUAUCACGGUUUGAGAUCUUAUCUAGUCUCCAAAAAGAUAAGAAAUUAGUACAGAUAGAAAGCAUGCCUCAGCUGAGGCUAGCACCACCUGCAGUUUAUCAUGAAAAGGUGAAGAAAGGACCUGAUCUUUUAACAGGAGAGAGUAGCAGUGCUCUUGCAGAAGUCGAGAAACCAGGCAAAAGGAGGCAACUCAGAGAGCUAAAACUGAAAGGGUCAUCUCUCCGGUUCCCACUAAAAUCAAGCAUAUUCGGCAAGGAGAAGACAAACAAAGGCUGACAGUACUAGCUUGUAUAGACUAACAAACUGUAGAAAUUGAAAACCGGCUGUCCAUUAGCUCAUGAGUUUGUCAUCAACGAUGCUCUCACUUGGCUGAGGUUUUUUUCUAACCCAUGUAGUCUCUCUCAUUCUGUUUUGUUUUUGUAUUUUUUUCCGUGAUGUAUAAAAUAUUCUGUGCAGUUGUCUUGUAACCAUGUAGGAAAAAUAAAUUUUGUAUGUAGUGGGGGGAGUAAAUUUGGCGAUAAAUUAAAAACCUUUCAAUUUAAAAAAGUUAGGUUCGUUCUUGCCUGCAUCUAUUUAAUGGAGUUUGAUGUUUGCAAUCUGAAACUACGGUUGCCUUUCCAUGGGAUGGAAAACUGCUCUUAAAGGCUUGAAUUUUUUAAGCUUUGAUCGGAUGGUUAUGAGCAUUCUGCUGGAAAAUGGGAUGGAUACUGAAGAAAUAUGUUGGUGGCCUUGUCGGGGAUUAAGGAUGAUGCUACGAGUACUAUUACAUGUGUUCUAACCAACUGAACCGAGGAUGCUGUAACAAAUUAUUAUGCAUGGCAAAUUGUAAUGAGUGCAUUCUGGAGGAAAAUAAAGGAAAGCCUGCAAAUUGCUUA